AUGGCCCCUCUCGAGGAAGAGAGGAGUUCCCGGCCUUCGUUGACAGAUCAAAGUGAUGAAGAGUCCCGUAAUGAGAGUACACGUGAAUCAUCAGCAGGACCAACAUGGUACUAUGAAAUAGAGGAAGAAGAUGAUCAACCGGAUGAUGACGAGGAGGAAGAUGAAGACUAUGAGGAUCAGCCUGACGAAGAAGACGAGGAAGAUGAGGACGAUGACGAGGACGACGAUGCAGUUGAAGGAGGUGUCGGCGCACAGCGUCUCCUAAAUAUCGUUCGAACUGGCGCUAGGACAGGAUUAUUGACCAGGAGACAACUACUUGCCCUGAUGCAGGACCCUAACCUGACCAGUGUUCUGUUUCAAGACAAUGCAGAUGACGACGCAGAAUUUCUAGAUUGGCCCUUCAGAAGACGUCGAACACCGAAGGAUCCGAAUCGCUUUCCCAAAGUCCCAAGCGAGCAGGGGCUCAAACUUAUGCGAUCAGGAGCCUUUGGCGCAAACGACUAUAGUUUCGGAGCUAAGAAGCGUUUAGCCAUACGGAUGCUUGAGCGGGAGCUUGCUUUGGGAAAUCGCGAAGAUAGACUGCGGAAUACCGCUCUCAUCAACCAGGGUCUACUACCCCAGACAAGGGCAGAGAAGAUUGUUCAUUUCGAUGACCCAGUUUACUCUGGACAGUUUUCUGACGAUGGCAAUUUCUUUUUUGCCUGUUCUCAAGACUUCAAAGUUCGAAUGUACGAUACUUCAAGCCCAUACAACUGGAAGCAUUAUAAGACAGUCUCAUACCCGUGGGGCCAAUGGACACUCACAGAUGCCUCUCUGAGUCCUGACAACAAAUGGCUUGCUUAUACCUCGAUUCAAACUAUGGUCUCAAUAGCUCCUACAGAUCCAAAUGAUACAGGCGACCCUUAUACACUGGAUCUUGACGACGGUCCGCCUCGGCAUGGUUGGCACGGACGACGCGGAUUUGGCAUCUGGUCCGUUCGUUUCUCUGGCGAUGGAAGGGAGCUGGUAGCAGGAACAAGCGCUGCUUCCAUUGUUGUAUACGAUAUUGAGUCACGAACUGUCCUGGAAAAUGUUAGGGGGCAUCAGGAUGAUGUUAACGCAGUAUGUUUCGCCGAUAAGAUGUCGCCGCAUAUCCUUUACUCGGGGUCCGACGAUACAACGAUCAAAGUAUGGGAUAGGCGAAGUAUGGGCGAUAACCGAGAGGCCGGGGCUUUCGUUGGCCAUAUUGAGGGUUUAACGUAUAUCGACAGCAAAGGCGACGGACGAUAUAUCCUCAGUAACGGCAAAGACCAGAGCAUGAAGCUUUGGGACCUUCGAAUGGCCAUGUCUACCGACCGGUACACCGAGCUUGAUCCCACGCGAACUGUCAACACGAGCGGUUUCGAUUAUCGAGGGGGAGUUUAUGACGAUGAAGAUUGGGAUGUGCAUCCUCACGACAACUCACUCGUGACUUUCCGAGGCCACAAAGUCCUUCGAACUCUUAUCCGGUGCCACUUUUCACCCCCAUCGGGUACCAACUCAAGAUACGUGUACUCGGGCAGUACAGACGGUAAGGUGUACAUAUGGAAUAUGGAUGCAACAUUGGCUGGAGUGGUGGAUGUCAAGAAAGCGACAAUGCGCACACGGCCGAUGGAUAACCGCCAUCGCUUUUAUCAUUUUGAUGAGCCAGGUAACUGGGGCACUUGUGUUCGCGACGCAAGCUGGCACCCCAACGCACCUCUCCUUGUUGCUUCCGCAUGGAACGGUUACAACAUGGCCAGAGGAACUUGCACUCUGCAUUCUUUUAAUGAGCACACUGAUGAUGAAGGAGACCCACCGAUGGGCCAUAGUGUCAAUCACGUACUUAAGGAACAGCCCGAGUUAUAUCACAAUUCGACAUAUGGGAUGGACUGA